UUUCUAUAUAUUUAGUAGAAUUGUUUGAUUUUUUUAAAGUUGAAAAAUAAAAUUGUUAUAUUAUUUGAAAAUAAUUAAAAGUAAUAAUAAUAAUAAUAAAUUUGUUUAAUUUUGUGUAAGUCAUGGAGUCAAGUGAUCCGAUUUUAAUUGGCAAAGUUAGGGAUCUAAUUGGUGCUGACAUUAGACAGCAUCUGGAUCUGUAUGACUCGGAUGACUCGUGUCGUGUACUGAACAAUGAUUGGCAAAUACAGCGAUUUUUGUUGGCCAACAAACUGGAUGUCGAUGCCUCGUAUAUUAUGCUUAGGGAUGCACUCCGUUGGCGACACUCGUAUGGUGUUAACAAACGAACCGACGGAGACUAUCCACAAGAGUUCUACAAAACGGGUAUUUAUUUUCCGUACGGUUUGGAUAAAGAGCAGCGAACUGUCAUUUAUUUAAGGAUAAAAAUGUACAAAAGUUUUCCCAAUGUUUCCGAUUUUUUCAAACAAUUUAUUAUUCAUAUGAUCAACAAAGUCGAUAUCGAAAGCGAUCAAAAAGGUUGGUCAAUGGUAUGGGAUUUAUCUGGUGCCGGUCCAUCAAAUUGGGAUCUAUCGAUGGUUAAAUUUAUUAUAUCUAGUUUUAAAUUAUACUUUCCCCGAGGACUUCAGUAUCUAAUUGUUUACGGCGUUCCCUGGAUUAUGAAUCCGUUUGUUAGUAUUGCCCUCAGAUUGAUGUCAGAAGAAACUCGUAAUAAAGUAAAGUUUGCCUCAAAAGACCAAAUCUUUGAGUACAUCGACAGGGAUCAGGUGCCAGACUUUUUGGACGGCAAGUGUGACCUACCCUAUAGGGAUGUGCCUAAAGAAGCUGAUAGAGAAUUCAGAGAUAUGGCACCAGCGCUGGGCUAUAGUGUCCAAGAGGUGGACCAAGUUUACAAACAUUAUGACAAAUAUUUAAAUUAGUAAUUUUAUUUUUUUAAUACUUAUUUUUUUAUUAUAAUUUAUUU